GACGCCACAACAUUCUGAUUGGUCACUUGCAAUGUUGAUCCUGGAACAACAUUUACUAUGUUGAUCUGGGAACAACACCAAUACCACGAUAUCAGAUCAUGCAAUAAGAAGUCCAGUAAAAGUCACACCCUGCUAAUCAGUCUUAGCAUCAAAAUAUACUUAAAGAGUUAAAGUACUCAUUCUUAUUAGUAGGUCAAUAUGAUUUAUUAAUUUGUGUGUACACACACACACACUUUCAACUUGGGACUUGGGACACUUACAUGUGUGAUGUGCUAUAAAUAGAAAACAGCCUCAAUAUAAAAGAAAAGUGGGAGCUUGGAUUAAUGAUAGGGUGGGGCUAGGUUUCACAGCGGGUUCACCUGAAACCUUAGCUGACUGUGACCUACACCCAUUUUCACACCUGGGCUCCUGUGAUUCAGUAGAGGAUCAACAGGGGGCCCAUGUCUCUCUUGGGGGGACACUCGCAUAGGGCUUUAAUCUGGGACUCUCCACCAUUUGACCCUAGAACUGAAGAAGCUUCUUGGAUGAGAGGUGAAACGUCUUCAAGCAACUUAGAGAAGUCCAGACGCUUUUCUUUCCAGCUCCUUAGACUCCGAGCUUGGAUUAAGUGUGUCCACUGAGGACAGCGCCCGGGUGGACAUGUGUAUGAAUUGUCACAAAGCAUUAUGAGUCAGCGGACGGAGCGACGGGGGAUACACGUGGACCAAUCAGACUUGCUGUGCAAAAAAGGAUGCGGUUACUAUGGCAACGCAGCCUGGCAGGGCCUGUGCUCAAAGUGCUGGAGGGAGGAGUACCAGCGGGUACGGCAGAAACAGAUCCAGGAUGACUGGGCACUGGCAGAAAAGCUGCAACGAGAGGAGGAGGCAGCGUAUGCCAGCAGUCACGGUGUGCAGACUCAGUCCACAACGCCCCCGCAGCCCGGACAUGCCUCGCUGGGUCCCUUCUCCAAGUUUGAGGAGAAGAAAACCAAUGAAAAGACUCGGAAAGUGACCACCGUCAAGAAGUUCUUCAGCCCUUCGUCACGAACUGCUUCUAAAAAAGAAACCCAAGAAGGUAAAACCAGUCCGUCCAUCAGCCGCCACGCAAGCUUCGAUACGGACCAAGUGUCCAAAGACUUUGUGGACUUCCUGAAAAACCUCCAGAAGCCCGGCCGGGAGAUCCACAAGCAGUGCCGAGUCUUCCUCGUGAACAUGUCAAGCAAGAAGGACCUGGGUGCCGAUGAGCUGUCAGAGUGCGUUCAAGAUUUCUACCAGAAUUUGGCCGACCGCCUGAUGACUCACUUUAAAGGCUCCUCUGAGUCUGUGGAGCAGGUGAUGGACCAAGUGGAAAAGUACAUCAUGACUCGUCUGUACAAGAGCGUUUUCUGUCCAGAAACCACUGAUGACGAGAGGAAGGACUUGGCCACACAGAACAGGAUAAGGGCUUUGCACUGGGUGACCAUCCAGAUGCUCUGUGUGUCCAUGGAUGAAGAAAUCCCGGAAGUCUCUGAGAAUGUGGUGAAAGCGAUAACAGAUAUCAUUGAGAUGGAUUCGAAGAGGGUUCCUCGGGACAAACUGGCCUGCAUCACACACUGCAGUAAACACAUCUUCAGCGCUAUUAGGAUCACCAAGAACGAGCCGGCGUCCGCCGACGACUUUCUCCCCGCGCUCAUUUACAUCGUGUUGAAGGCUAAUCCUCCACGACUUCAGUCCAACAUCCAGUACAUCACCCGAUUCUGCAACCCCAGCAGGCUGAUGACCGGAGAGGAUGGAUACUACUUCACCAACCUGUGCUGUGCAGCUGCCUUCAUCGAGAAGUUGGACGCUCAGUCUCUCAAUCUUUCCCCGGAGGAGUUUGAGCGUUACAUGUCGGGCCAAGCCUCGCCAAGAUGCAGCAGCGCAGAGGGCGAGUGGCCCCACACCGGUCCAGGAGCUGGCGUGGCUGCCACCAACCCUGUCCUGGCCCAGCUCAACCACAAUCUGGAGCAGCUGUCGACCAUCAGCAGCCGGCAGGAGAAGGUGAUGGAGGCCGCUCAGAGCCUCCAGGCUGACCUGCUCUCCUGGACCGAGAGCGUCCAGCGGGAGGUGAACGACAUCCUGGAAAAAUAUCCGCUGACCUGCACAGUUUCUUCCAUUGAUGCCAACAACAUAGACAACGACAACCUGCCGCCGCCGCUGACCCCCCAGGUGUUCGCAGGGUAGUAAAGUCAGUAAAGGGAGAAGAAGCAUUUCGCAUGCCAUGAAGGUACUUUACUUUGAAAAUGGGAGUUUCCCAGUAGCCUCUGCACCUUAAAUUUAAAGUGAAGUCAUUUCAGUCAGAAAAAGGAAGAGAGAGGGGUGAGCUACAGGGAGAAGCUGCUUUUAUUUGAUUAUUAUUAUUAUUAUUAUAACUGUAACUAUAAAAACACACUCCACGUACAACUGUUAACAAGGGAUGCAUGAGCUAUGGAACAUUUCUUUUUGUAUACGUUUGUUGUAUUUUGGGGCAUUUUACAUGGAAGUUUAUGCUGACAGUCUCCAUUUAUGAGACUGCCUCAUGUGGCCAUUUAUGGAACUGCAGGAACUGUAUUUGGCAGCUCAGUUUUGGCUUUUAGCUGUCGAGGUUUCUGCAGUUAUGUUGCACAGUUCACUUUUAUUCAACACCAAAUGGACAAAACAAAACAAAGAAAAAUCAAAUACAUUUGAAACCAAAUUUAGUAGGUUCAUCAAAAAAGGUGUGGUCAAUGGUCAUUUUAGAAGAAAAUAGGAACUUUAUUAGG